UGGAGGGAUUGUCUCGCCUAACGCCUGGUAUGCGGCAGUGUGCGGUGCCUUGGCCCCUCGGCAGGUCGUCUUACCCACCUCGUGGUUGAACUACUCGAUUUAAAAUAAAUUCAAAAAUCAAAAUAAAUAGAAUUAAAACCCGCGGAUGAUCGGCGAUGAUCGAAGACGCUUCACGAGGGAAUAUUAUUCACUCGAGGAAAAAAUAGCCGACUCUCGAGGCGAGCUAUCAAGGUGGGAGUGUACUCGGUAAUAGACUGGUGUCUGCACUGUACCUCCGUGUACGUUAGACACUGAGUAAUAGUUUGAGACACCGAGGAGUAUCAGAAUUAAUGAUCGAGAGGCGAGGCCGGUCCCUGAUUUCAAUCGCUCGCUUCUGUAAAAAUUAAACUUCGGGUCUUGAUUUUUUUUUGACGUACCCCUCGGACUUGAGACCUUUUCUUCCCGACGUGGUACAAGUUUUGUCGGGUAAUUACGGUUGCGUGUCCACGAGGACGUCGUCGACCUGGCUCCAACGGAGAGUGUGUCUGUGUGGGCGAGUCUGUGUGGGAGCCAGUGGAAAAGGUGCGUGCGUGCCGUUUGAAUCAUCGCUUGUCUCAUCACUGAGAACUUCAUUCGUAGAACUAAAGAAUAUUUCCAGGGGACUGUUUUCACCCUGAAGUUGAAGCUCAUAUGACGCUUCGUUCACCGAAAAACCUUUAACGCGAGCCAGGGGAAAGAGCGAAAAGCUCAUCACCAGAAUUCAAUUCGUGGAAAUAAAGAAAAUGUUCAGUUGAUUUUAUUCACCUCAAACAAUUCUUCAAAAGUGAAACCGAAUGCCAAAUGGAAGUGACAUUCGCAUGACCCACGACAACUGCAGAUGGUGCUGAUAAAAAUUUCUAAAAACCCCGCGCUCAGCGGUUCAAGAACUCCCUUGCAGGAGUUUUCUCAUUUUUAAUAACGCAUAUUUGCCACUAAAUGAAAGCUCACACGACGAUUUAUCUCCCAAAAAGCCGUCAGCUCCAUCGACUAACGGAGAUAAGAGAAUUAUUCGCGGUGAGAUGUUGAUCCUCACGCUAUUACGUGAUAAAAGAAGAGCAAAUACGAGACGUUCGUGACAAAAUUCAGUCGAACACGUGACGUGGUCUGAGAGAUCUGAUGUUGUCACAAUGUGGUGCCGGGGAAUUUGACCGGUGGCAUGUAAACAAUUGUGUCUGUGAAUAAGGAGAAUCGACCGAACACUCAGUUGUCACUCGUGUCUGAUCCGGUCGUGACGAUUUCCCCUGCCGAAGUAAGGCGAGCUCUUUAUUCACUUGAUUUUGCACCGCCGGGACUGGCGGGGAGUUUCGGAAAUGCUGGGAGAGCACGGGAGUGGAAUUGUGCGACUGUGAGACUGGAGGAUUUUUUGUUUUUUGAUUUUUUGGGGGAAAUUUUGUCGCCGGGCUCGGCGAAUGGGGAUCAUGACCGUGCAUACCUCAUCGACAGUGCCUCACAUCGAGCAGGCGGCCACUGCUGCCUGCACCAUGGCCACCAAAAUAUUAGCGCCGGUUAAGACUGAACGACAGAUUUACGAAAACUCAAUGCUCGAGGAUGAUCCCAACGCGAAUUCUGUGGUGAGGGGCGGCAAGGAGGAGGACAGGGACACGCCGAGGUGGGGACCUAAUCACAGGGGGGCGCAGGAGCUCGCUAAUUUGUAUAGCACUGGAAAACGAACCCAAGAGUGCAUUUGCGUUGGAAUUUUCAUAACGCUAAUGGCUGUUAACUCUUUCUUUAUCGUAAUUCGCCUGAGACUCGAGAGCCUGAGCUCAAUACUGAUAGCAGCACUGUGCGGCAUCGUAACCGCUGAUUUCAUAUCGGGACUCGUUCACUGGGCUGCCGACACUUGGGGCUCCAUUGAACUGCCGAUACUCGGCAAGAACUUCUUGAGGCCUUUUCGUGAGCAUCAUAUUGAUCCUACGAGCAUAACGAGACACGAUUUCAUUGAGACUAAUGGGGACAACUUUAUGGUUACGAUACCAGCGUUGUCGAAAUUAACGUGGGACUUUCUCACUCUCCCCGAGAGCGAUAUCGAGAGGAGGUUUCUGUGGAUUUGCUACUGGUGGCAACUUGCGAUAUUCGUUGCACUGACUAAUCAGAUUCACAAAUGGUCUCACACAUACUUCGGCCUGCCAGGCUGGGUGGUAUGGCUCCAGGAGCACCGCAUAAUUCUCCCAAGACGCCACCACCGUGUCCACCACGUUGCCCCCCACGAAACGUAUUUCUGCAUAACGACAGGCUGGCUAAACUGGCCCCUUGAGAAACUGCGCUUCUGGUACGUUUUAGAAACGAUAAUUGAAUUGACAACAGGUUACAAACCCCGAGUCGAUGACUUCAAAUGGGCGCAAAAGAGAUCUUGAAACUUAAUGAAGAAGCCCAUUUAUUUAUUUGUUAUGAUUAUGUCAAUUCGAUAGGGCGGGUUCCCUUUCUACAGCUGAAAAAACAAUUAAAUGACUGCGAUCGUUUACCCUCGCAAUUCGCUAAUGGAAUUAUGAAGAUUUUAGUCACAAAUUAAUUAAAUGAAUAUGCACAGAGUUGUUAUAUUUAUUCUCGAUUAACGAGGAGAACAAUGGGCCUUGGCGAUUUUUUAUACUGAUGAGAAUUUGCUGAACUAAACGCUUUCGAUGAUAAAUUAAUGAUGAAUCACGUGUGACGAAAAUUUAAGAGAAGAAGUUGUUUUUCUUGUGUUUGAAAUUGAUAUUUUUUGACUGAGAAAAGGCUGUAGAUGUGGAUUUUCUUUAUAAAUUAUUCUGUUCGGAUUUUCUCUAUAAGAAUGCGCAUGAAUUUUCCUUUUUUCUCGGAUUUUAUUAUGAGGAAAACUUGAAAAAUUUAUGUCCGAGAAGGUAUUGAAAAAUCGAAAUCUAUUUUUUUUAACUGAACAUCUAUUAAAAAAUAACAUAAUCUCCAAUAGGAUUUAUAGAAAAAGUCUGUAAAUGUCGAUUUUUCUAUGAAAAUUCUUGGGCCUGAAUUUUUGUUCAAGCUUUUCCCUUGAAUUUUAUCAUGAAAAAUUGAUUUAAAACAAUGCAAAAUUUAUGUCCAAUCAUUUCUAUAGAAAAAUCAAAAUCCAUCAACUUUUUUCUAUACAAAAUCUGUCAACAAAUGACACGAUAAAGUUGCCUCAAUCUUCAACAGAAUUUUCUCAAAAAAACGAAGAAAAUUAUUGAAUAAAUUUUUAUUUAUUUAUUUA